AUGUGGUCUGGGAAUGAUGCUCACAAUCUACAUCUGAUCACUCUGGUCGGCGUUAUUGUCUCUCUGGUUUGCCUUGCGCUGUCAGUCCUCACCUUCACCCUGUGUCGGGCCCUUAAAAGUAUCAGGACCACCAUCCACACUCACCUGUGCAUCAGCCUCUUUUUGGCAGAACUGCUGUUCAUCUUUGGAAUAGACAAGACCGAAUAUCGGACUCUUUGUGCCGUCAUCGCUGGAUUCCUGCAUUAUUUCUUCCUGGCCUGUUUUUCCUGGAUGCUCCUGGAAGGUGUGCAGCUUUACCUCAUGCUGGUGAAAGUCUUCAAUGCAAAGAGUAUGAGACCAACGUACAUGUGCUUGUUUGGCUACGGUUGCCCCCUGAUUACUGUUGGCAUCUCCGCAACCGUGUAUUCCCAGGGAUAUGGAACAGAGAAGUAUUGUUGGUUGGAUCUAAAGUCGGGAUUUAUGUGGGCUUUCCUGGCUCCGGUCUGUGUGAUUAUUCUGGUCAAUGGAGGAUUUUUUAUUAUCACUGUGUUGAAACUGGCUGAAAAGUUUUCAAGUGUCAAUCCUGAUAUGGGCCAGUUGAAGGAAAUCAGGGUCUUUACCAUCACUGCUGUCGCUCAGCUCUGCCUCCUGGGAUGUACUUGGAUACUUGGCAUAUUGCACUUCCAGAAGGAAACAAUUGUCAUGGCCUACAUCUUCACUGUGAUCAACAGCAUGCAAGGAAUGUUCAUCUUCAUCCUGCACUGCCUCCUUAACAAGCAGGUGAGGGAUGAGUAUGACAACUUCUUCCAACGUUUCAAGAAAGACUCAAAGUACUCUGAGUUUUCAACUUCUUCUACUCGGGGCCCGAGAAGCGUUCAUGAGACAGUAAUGUGA